ACUGAAAUCAAAACAACAGGACGGAAGAGACAGGCAGGAGCUAUUACAGAAACUAUUACAUACUAGUUACUGAAGAUAAUACAGUAGUACAUAGAUGUCGCAAAAUGCUUGGAAGAAAACGAAGGAAGCGCUCGCACAUUUCCGAAAACUUCUGCUGUGCUCCAAAUGCGCAAAUAUUGUGCACGACCCGUUGUGCCUUGGAAGCUGUGAACACAUCUUCUGCAGGUCUUGUGCUGGUCCAUGCGCGGGUGGCGAGUGCAGCGUGUGUUCGGCUCCAGCGUGGGUAAAAGACAUUCAGAUCAACAGGCAGCUCUGCAAUAUCACGACUCUCUUUCGGAAUUUGGACGAACUCCUCAAUCCACCCGAAAUGUCAGCUACACCUCCAAAUGACCCCUGCAAGCUAUCACUAAAGAUAAAGACAAGCCCUGUCGUCCAGAAGCAGAAGAAGUACCGCAUCUGGACCAGCCCCAAGAGCCACCGCAUACGCUGCCGGGUGGACAGACCCGCGCAGGCCGGCCCACUCAUCCCAACAGAGGCAUUCCAUACCCGGCCCGAUCGUCCCAAUACCUCCCCUGAUCUUCCAGACGUGUCCAGUCGUCCAAAGGCCUCCCCCGACCCACCAGACCACUCUGUGUACAACUUCCCAGCCUCUUCCCAGGACUCGGGCUCCUCCUCCCCCUCCAGGACGAAGGCCAGCGCCUCCAGGAGGAAGAAGAAGUCGGCGCAGCAGAGGAAGAAGAGGCAGACGGACAAUUACCGGGUGCGGAGAGCCACCGAGGCCGCCGCCGCGCAGCUCCGCGAGAAGCAGAAGAGGCUGCUGCAGCUGCAGGUGCUGAACCAGCAGUGGGGAGUCGGAGCGGAUGUAGACACAGAUGUGGAUGCAAGAGCAGAGGAGCAGCAGGAGGACACGGAGGGUCGUGGGGACGGUAUUGAUAAACAGGGCAAGAGGAAAAGAGUGUCCUUCCAGAGCCCAUGUGGUGGACCACCCUCAUCUGAGGGCUCUCCAAAUGAAAACGCUCCCCCCACAGAGAAUGGAGCCACCGUCUCCGAGCCUGCCAUCUCCAACAUGGCUCCACCCGCUGGGCUUAUCAUCACCACCACCACCACCACCAAGACUCUAGCACCUGUGCCAAAUUCACCCAGCCCUCCUCCUCCUCCUCCUCCUCCUCACCGACCAAGGACGCCCAAACGUGGCCGUGCACCAGACAGAGCAGAUCACCACCAAAGCACUCCGAAGAGGCCUCGUCGCGAGUCUGCCAGUGGAGCGCGGCGCCUGUCGGCAGUGCAGAAGGAGGAUAUCAUUACGCUGUCCACCCCUCCUCCCUCCCCCUUCACCAGCUCCUCUAUUGCUAGCUCCAGUAGCAGCCAAAGAGCUGGCGCCGCCACUGGGGGAGAGCUGGACGCCAGCCCCCUGGCCUCAACCAACAGCAGCUCCCAGCGCAGCUGCUCCCAGCGGAGACAGAGUCCAGUCAGCCCGGCCUUCAUGAAGAAGAACAAGAAAGGGGAGACUCCUCUCCACCUGGCCUCCAUUAAGGGGGAGGUAGCAUCUGUGAAGAGGCUGUUGGAGCAGGGUGCUGAUCCCAACUUGAAGGAUAAUGCUGGCUGGACACCACUGCACGAAGCCUGUAACCAUGGUCACCUGGCUGUAGUGGAGGCGUUGAUCCUGGGAGGGGCACUGCUCAACACCCCGGGCUACCAGAACGACUCUCCGCUUCACGACGCAGUCAAGAACGGACGCACGGCCAUCGUCAAGCUACUCCUGCAGCACGGCGCCUCCCAGAGCGUGGUGAACAUGUUUGGCCUGUGUGCGGUGGACUGUGCUGAAACGAUGGAGAUGCGUGCCCUGCUGCUGGGGGCGUCCCAGGGGGCACAUCCAGCCUGCUCCCCCCUCAGCCCCCCUGCCAGCCUCAGCAAGAUUGGGGGCUGUCGGGGGCAGAAGGACGCCGGCGUCACCCUCCUCGGCACCAAGCUGACCCAGCCGCAGCGGCGACAGCUGGCCAGGGCGGCGCGGCUCCUCGGAGCCCGGCUGGUGGACUCCUUCUCCAGCGCAGUGAGCCACGUGGUGGUGCAGGAGGAGCAGGAGGAGGAGGGAGGAGAGGAGAAGGGGCCCGUGGUGCCCACCACACUGUCCGCCCUCAGGGGCAUCCUGGGCGGAUGCUGGAUCCUGCGCUUCAGCUGGGUGAGCGCUUGCCUUCAGGCAGGAGAACGGGCAGCCGAGGCGGACCAUGAGGCAGGAGAAGGACCCCAGCGCAGCCGCCUCAACAGAAGCAACCUGCUCCCGCGUCUCUUCGACGGCUGCUACUUCUUCCUGCUGGGCUCCUUCAGGCGUCCGGAGAAGGCGGAGCUGCUGCAGCUCAUCCAGGAUGGAGGUGGCCAGGUGCUGAGCCGCCAGCCCAAGCCCGACAGCGACGUCACCCAGACCCUGAGCGCCGCCGCCUACCACGCCCCGCCCGGCUCUGACCAGGCGCUCUGCACCCAGUACGUCCUCUACGAGGCCCUGGGCGCCUACAGGCCGGCCCGCGUACGCCUGGGCAAGGUGUGGUCCGUGCCCUCCAGCUGGCUCCUCGACUGCAUCUCAGCCUUCCAGCUCCUGCCCGUUCCAGAGCUGGAGUCCAUGUAGUCAAAGAAAGAUCAUCAACUCUGCCCACCCAAUGCAAAGGAGUAUGCUCAAGUUUGGUCUCCUAAGGGGGGCGUUGUCGCCAUCUACAGUGCUAACGGAACUCCAUUUAUUCUCUACCUUAAGUCUCCAAAGGUCCUAAAAGGGCGUUCACCUGACAUCAUAUGGAUCCAGGAAAUGUAUGGGCUUGAUGUAACUUACUCUACAAGACAUUCUUUGAUGUAGUCUUCCAGACGCUGCUAGUAUGGAUGCUACUUCCACAGUUUCCUCCAGGAGAGUAGAAUAACACCGCUGGGAUUUGAACCCAGGCUUUCUGGGAUACCAAAUGAGGGCUCUGACUUGUAGCAAAGACCAGGUCUGGGUUCAAGUCCUGGUGGGGCAACUCUACUCCUCUUCUCUAAACUAGUAUGCCAUCUUUUUCCACAAUUGAAAAUCAGGUUUUGUGUGAACUUUUCUUUUUUUCCAUUGGGGACUGUGUUUGUAUCUCUGUAUAUCUGUAAUGGGGUGUCUGCAUGCGGCAUUUUGAACCAUGAGCCUGUUGUGAAAAGUGAAGUUUAUAAAGAUGCUGCAGACUAAGGAUCGGUUCAAUAUAAUAAGAGUGAUUACGAACCGUUCUGGCACUUUUCAAGCUGUUCAAUGAGUAAAAAAUCGAAGAGCUUCUCUCUCCUGCCAAGAUUAUUCUCUGUAAAAUAAGAAAAAAAUAAGCUGGAAGCCUCUUAAAACCCUAUUGUGUUGUGUUCUAGUUCAACGUUUUCUGGGACAAUACUGUAUAUAAACCGUUUAAGAAAUAUAAAUGAAGCAUAUAAAAAGAGCCUCUUUCUGUGUGUGUGUGUGUAUGUGUUGUUUGUAACAUUUUAAGUCUUUUGUUAACCACAGACAGUCCUUGUUGGGGGAUCUAAUGUCAAAAAAAUAAAGAUUUUUCAGUCACAGUCUUGA